AUGUUGCGUUUCAAAAGUCAAUCAACAUUUGCUGUGCUGGUGUCUCAUUCAUCAACGCCAAUGCAAUGGAUUAUUCCAAAGACUUUGAACAAUCAUUAUCAAUUAGCGUAUGGGCAAUGCUAUUUUCAUAAAGGAAUAAGCUCCUCUUCCAUUCCAUCGAAUCAUCAUCCCGAUGAAAAUAUAGUUACUGAAAUCCAUCCGCAAGGUGCAGCUCAAUUUUUCUCAUGCUAUUCUUCAGCUCAAUUUGCAAUACCUACCACUCACACUCAUAAACCUAAAUGGAUUCAAGUUCCACAAUUAUUGAAAUCAUGCAAAUAUGUGUUAGAUAAUGAGAUUAAAACUCCACAACAAAUUCCAAUUGAAAUUGUAAAACAAGUACACGACCAUGAAUAUGUUGAAAGGUUUUUGAAUGGUACAAUUACACACAAGGAAAUGAAACGAUGGGGAUUUGAAAGUGGAUGGAAUGAGCAAGUAAGAAAUCGAGUUUUGCAUACAAUUGGAGCUACUUUGUGUGCAACACAAGACGCACUUUUUCACAAUUAUUCGAGAAGAUCAAGCAAUUUAGCUGGUGGAGGACACCACGCUUUUCAUUCCAAAGGUGGAGGAUACUGCAUUUGGAAUGACAUUAUUAUUGCAGGACAGUAUUUGAUUAACUCUGGUUUUUGUACCAAUGGCAGGAAGUAUUUGGUCAUUGAUCUCGAUGUUCAUCAAGGUGAUGGAACAGCCCGUCUUGCACGUGACUUACAUGAAGGCAAGUCGUUUACAUUUUCAAUGCAUUGCAAACACAAUUUUCCUGAGCAUAAGGAAAAGAGCGAUUGGGAUAUUGAGCUUGAGAAUGGUAUGAAGGAUGAUCAAUAUUUGAAAAUACUUGAAAAAUGUCUGUUCACACUCGAGCAAGAAUUUAAAGAAAAAAUUGACUUUAUUUUCUAUCAAUCAGGAGUUGAUGUAUUGGAAGGAGAUAGACUGGGACUAUUAUGUUUGUCACCUGCUGGCGUUUUACGACGCGAUCAAAUGGUAGUAGAAUUUGCAGAGCGAAUGGCCCAGCACGAUCCAAAGUUUAAUAGAAGCCAUGGUCUGCACAUGAAUGGAAUUCCGUUGAUAUCCAUGAUGGGAGGAGGAUAUAUACGGUCAGAGAAUGGAAACCCUUUGGAACGAGUUGCACAAGCACAUGCAGAGACUGUAAACACACUCAGAAAUCACUGGAAAUCCAAUCAAAAUGCAAGGUCCAGGUUUAUUUUACCUCUUCAACAACAAGUGAAUUAUGAGAGGACUGGCAGAUGGAGGCAAGAGAUGGAUGAUAGGCCACAAGUGUAUUGA